AUUCUAUGAUCACAUGGAUUGGUGAUUACUAACUGGCUUUACGCAAUUGAGGAUUAGAAGAAGUUAAGAAGGCUGAAAAAUUACGUUCUUCAAUUGCUUUUGCUUUAUCAUUUUAGAUAGGAAGGAAGGGAAUUUCUUUUGCUUUUUCUUUUUGUUCUUCUUAGUCCUUUACAGUAGGUGAUUUUGAUGUGUUUCAUACUUUUACGCAUUGGAUCUAUGUCCUUGAAAAAUUGGAGUUUGUGGCAUGAUUAUGUGUGUUUAGGGAGACUUUGUUAGAAAUUGGAAGAACUUUUGAGACGAUUAUGCAGGUGAAACCUAUGCUGCUCGGACCCGGUAUCUGAUAUUUGACAGGGGUGCGCGCGCGUUUGAUACACAUACCCAUGUCCUGACUCGGUUAUUUUUUCGAGUUUUCUUUCAUUUUUCCAUGUAGUUGGAGUACUGUCAGAGCUUCCAUACUCGAAUCCAAGUGUCCAAUAUUGGACACACGGAUCCUCAAGGGUGGAAACAGCAUAGGAGAAAACUAUUUCAGCAAGAUAAAGCAAAGACUCUUCCUGCCUACGAUAAUCUAUGUCAUAGAUUUGCUCCUUUAAAUGCUGGAAUGACAUCAUGUCUUUUUCCGCUUUUCUUUUACUGGCUAACAAAGCAUUUGGUCCUGACUGUUAUUAUGGGGCUCACAAUAGGCAGUUGAAUCCAAGUGGAAAAGGAUACGAAAUGCUUUUUGAUGAUGUCAGUGUUGAUUGAUCUCUGGAUUAUAAAUCAGUGAUGAGUCUUGGUUUUAUUUAAGGGAAAACGGAGAAUUGAUAAUCACCUAGGUGGACAUUUCAUCAGCAGACUCUAUGAUGAUGCUCUCAUUUUCUGUGGCCUUGACAUGGUCUUUAUUGCUGCUUUUCCUUCACCAUAGUGUGGCUGCCCUCCUUUCUGAUAGACAAGCCCUCCUUGAAUUUGCUUCUGCAGUUCCUCAUAGCCCAAAACUUAACUGGAACUCUAGCACCCCAAUAUGCACCUCUUGGGUUGGUAUCGCUUGCAACACAGAAGGCUCCCGUGUGGUUGCUGUCCACCUCCCUGGUGUUGGACUCUAUGGUCCUAUUCCAGCCAAAACACUUGGGAAACUGGAUUCCCUAACGAUCCUCAGUCUCCGGUCCAACUUCCUUAGCGGGGAUCUCCCAGCAGAUUUACUCUCCCUUCCUUCGCUCCACUCCAUAUAUCUUCAACAUAAUAAUUUCUCAGGUAACAUCCCAUCUUCCUUCUCUCCCCGGACUAGCAUGCUUGACCUUUCAUUCAAUUCCUUCACUGGACUUAUUCCAGCUGCCAUGCAAAAUUUAACACGCCUUACUAGCUUGAGCCUCCAAAACAAUUUACUCUCAGGACCCAUACCUGAAUUCAAUAUAUCAGGGAUCACGCAAUUAAAUUUGAGCUACAAUCUCUUGAAUGGUUCUAUUCCAGCUGCCCUCCAAAAGUUUCCUACCUCCUCCUUUGAAGGGAACAACAUGCUAUGUGGACCACCACUAAAACUGUGUAAUGCAUCUACCCCUUCACCUUCUCCGAGCCCCACUUCCUUACCACCACCUCCAACAGUGACUAAAAGACCAAGUGAUGGCUCCAAGAAGAAACUAAGUAGGGGAUAUAUCAUUGGUACUGCAGUUGGAAGUUCUGCAUUGCUAUUGUUUCUACUUGUAAUGAUUGUGGUUUGCUGUGUGAAGAAAAAAAGUGGUGAAAGUAAUGGUGUGCUAAAAGGGAAGGGGGGCAGGACUGAGAAGCCUAGUAAAGACUUUGGGAGUGGGGUGCAAGAAGCUGAGAAGAACAAGCUUGUGUUUUUUGAAGGUUGUUCUUGCAAUUUCGACCUUGAGGAUUUAUUAAGAGCUUCAGCUGAAGUGCUAGGAAAGGGGAGUUAUGGGACAACCUAUAAGGCCAUCUUGGAGGAGGGUAUGACGGUGGCUGUGAAGAGGUUGAAAGAAGUGGUGGUUGGGAAAAAGGAGUUUGAGCAACAGAUGGAGAUUGUUGGGAGUGUAGCCCGGCACCCACAUGUCAUGCCUCUUCGCGCUUAUUACUACUCCAAGGAUGAGAAACUCUUGGUUUAUGACUAUGCACCAUCUGGCAGCUUUUUCACGGUGUUGCAUGGAAACAGGGAAGUUGGACGAACUGCUCUAGAUUGGGAAUCCAGAGUAAAGAUCUGCCUUGGAACUGCAAAAGGCAUCGCCUAUAUCCAUUCUGCUUGUGGAGGGAAAUUCAUUCAUGGCAACAUCAAGUCCUCCAAUGUACUCCUGAUGCAAGACCUCCACGGAUGCAUCUCAGAUUUUGGUUUAACUCCUCUAUUGAGUUACCCUAGUGUCCCAUCAAGAAGUGCAGGCUACCGGGCUCCAGAAGUGAUCGAUACACGAAAAUCUACUCAGAAAUCUGACGUCUACAGUUUUGGUGUUGUCCUCCUUGAGAUGCUGACGGGAAAAGCACCAGUUCAAUCACCGGGGCAUGAUGAUGUGAUUGAUCUCCCAAGAUGGGUCCAGUCUGUUGUUCGAGAGGAAUGGACAGCGGAAGUGUUUGACGAGGAGCUAAUGAGAUACCAGAACAUCGAAGAGGAGAUGGUAGAGAUGCUUCAAAUAGCAAUGGCUUGUGUGGCAGUGGUGCCAGACAUGAGGCCUACCAUGGAAGAAGUAGUUAGGAUGAUUGAAGAAGUCGGGUCAUCUGAAUCUGAGAACCGCCCAUCAUCAGAGGAGAACAAGGGAUCAGACACAUAAAAACCUCAUAAUUAAUAUGCCACACUUACCACAUCGAGAUUUCUGUUUGAAGCCAGUUCCAGAACGACGAUCUUGCGGUGAAGUUUCUGGCUAAGACUACAGAGGCUCUCAUGUAAGUGCUUAAUUACAAGUUCCUCGCACUUCGAUUGUUUUAGAAAUUUAGUUAACAAAUUUGGUGUGACUAGCUCUUGUUUCCUCCUUCCUAGCUAUCAUUGUAACAGUAGUGGUUUCUGAAAAAAACAAAAAUUUAUACUUGCCUUGGCUUAUGAAACUGUUAAUCAAGGUGUGAUAUUUAGUCU